GCUUGAGAAAAGGACCACUUCACAUGAUCAGUGAUCUUGAGACUAUUUCAUAGACGCCUGAAAUGUCACCCAACUGGAAUGUUAACUGAACGUUCCGUCCUCCCGGGUCCGGGUGCUCAAACUUGGCUCUACUUAUAAUUCAAGCCCUGCCAAAGUGCACUGCUUUAGUGCGCACCCGUUUCCUCCCCAGAUCGACGAAAUUUUUUUCUCCGCAAGGUGCGUUUUUUUGUGUCGUCUGCGCAAUCCAGUCGCUCCAUUCCACUAGUCGCAGUGAUUGUUUCCCUUUUCUCUCUCCUUUGCUGAUGCAUACUCGGAAGUCGGUGGUGCGCACUGCCAGAUCUCCGACGUCUGACGAUGUCGACAAACUAAGGUCUGAGCUCGCUCGGCUGAAGGAGAAAGAAAUGGUGCUCCUCCAGGAACUUCGGGAGAUCCGAGCUGCUGCGGAGCAGGUCCAAGUGGAGCUGGAUGAGCUCAUUCAAAAAAGCUCGGGAGCCCUCAUUCAAAAGCUUCCCAACGAAAUUCUAGUUACCAUACUGGAACACGCGACAUCUUACCAUUGCUCGACAUGCGUAGAUCCGUGCUGGAAGUGGCUCGGCGUGUGUCGGCGCUGGAAGAACGUAAUAACCCACACGGCCAGCUUGUGGACCCAUGUCAAUAUUACGCCUAGGUGGACGCAAACGAUGGUCAGACGCCACCUCACCCAGAGUCGUGACAUACCCUUGAACAUUACCAUCCGGCCUUUGCUCAUGCGGGAACGAUGGUACGGGAUGCUCGGCCCACGCCGGCAUCUUCUAUCCCUGAUUGUUCCUCUAGCAGAGCAUGCGUGGCGUUGGCGCAGCCUCGAUAUCCGAGGAUUCCCCCCAUCUACGUUGCAGGUCAUGCUCGCUCAGUUCGACUCCGUGUCUUACUCUCCGGUGGAACGCAUUCAUAUUCGGUCGGAUGAACGUGAGACGGGUACUCUCCCUUGGCCAAACUGGAUCUCGCCGGACACUUGUCCAAGACUGACCUACCUUCAUCUCGGCGCAUUCCGGAUUCCGGACGUCGUCCCUGCAUUCCAACUGACCUCGCUUCGCGCUCAUCACGGAUAACACGCAAUGGUCUCCAAGUGUACCCUCGCUGCCGUUCGCGCUGCGGAGCAUCUUACAGGAAUCAUUCGAGCUCACCAGUCUGACCCUGUAUGGA